AUGAGAUCAGUUACCUUCCUUGGAUUUAACGUUUAUGGAAUUGGUAUUUAUUUCGAUGAAAACAACAGUAAGCAAGUUAAAAGUAUUUUGGGAGGAUAUGAUUUAUCAUCUGAUUUAAAUAAUGAAAAGUCAGUUGAAAUUAUAUCUAAAAUCAUAGAUACUACCAAUUUCAAGAUUAGAAUUUCUCCUGUUAGAAACACCGACUUCAACCAUUUGAAAGAUGGAUUCAUCAAAUCUAUUUUGUCUAGUCCUUUGAAGAAAGAAUAUGGAGAAGAAGUCAAUCACGGAUUAGAUGAAAUUAGAUCAAUUUUCAAAAAUUUCAAAGGUUCAGUUCCAAAGAACCAUAUUUUGUUAUUAAGUACCAACAAUGGGUCAUUAUCAUUUACAUACGAAAACACUAAAUCUGGAGAGAUCAGAGAAAUCGGUAAAGUAAAUGAAAAAGUUGUUAGUAAAUUAUUAUUAUUAUGUUACUUAUCUAAUGCCAAACCAUUGAGUGAAAGUUUAAGAACUAGUUGUAACCAAGGAUGGAAUGAAUUGAUCUAG